GGCCGCGUGACGUUUGGCGCGGGGCAGGGACCUCCCCUAGGUGGCUCUUUUGACCAUUUACGCUCCUUCCCCCAAUAACACACUUCCGAGUCAGAUAUCGGGAAAGGAAGGAAGGUUUGUUAACUACCGUUACUUAUAACAACCAUGUCCACCAGCGGCAACUCGAGCUCGUCGUCUGGCUUUCGACCCCCCACCCAACCAGGCGGCUUCAACCAGGCGCGGCAGUCGACCUACAUGAACCAGACCGUCUCGGCAUCUUCUUCGUCUGUCAUGGACGACGCCUUCACGCCGCAGAUGCGGGACCGGCAAGCCCGUGGCAAGGACCCCUACCACUCGGGCGAGGCUUCCGAAGGAAGCGACCUCAGUGACCGCGAGACCAACCCCACCAGCAAACUACGGCUGUCUAGUGUUCAUGCCAAAAAGGAAGACUUUGCCCGAACAGAGCGGCGCCAAAAGGCCGUCACCUACCUCGACAACCCCGAACUCCUGAUGAUGUAUGCUCAGAGCACUGAAGAUAGUUUACCGGGCGCCCGGCUGCACUUCAUGAAGAUGCUUUGCGGGUACGACGACGAGUCGCUCGACGACGCGAGGAGGGCGGCACCGCCACCUCCCGUGCACAAUUCUUCCCGCCGAGACUCGGACAAGCGGCGGGGUGGCGACCGGACGAAUGCCCGGUGAAGGAUGAGAUGCAGUGCGGGACAGACGAACUCUGCGCGGUAGAGUAAGAAUGUCGACUUUGUUUGGGCCGCGCCUAACUAAUUAACCGCUUUGCUCUUGUCAUUCAAGACUGAGCAAGGACCGGAGGAUCAUCGGCCUAUUCUAUUCCGUCAUGAGAUUUGCGUGUCACGGGCUGGUGCUGUGUGUGCGUCUGUCUGUACGUGCGUGAAUUUUGCUUGCCAGAGCUAGGGGCAGAGGCGGUAAAGGUCAGAAGAUCGCUGCGGUAUGAUGCUAUUGAAAGCAAUGAGCGGCGGCGUGAGGC